AUGGAUACUGCUUAUCCUUACAUGAGACGAAAGGCGAAGCCCAACGUGGCCAAAACUACCACACUACCUGAGCCAUCACACAGCCCUACCCCUGAGCAGGAUGUGACCGCUACCACACAAGAAUCACCUUCACUUCACUUCACCCACGAGAGUAUUGAUACCGACAUAAUACCAAGCGACGCGGUAGAUGUUGCGCAAAUUUCUGACAAAGCGCUCGAGCUUUAUUAUGAGCUGCCAAUCUCGUGGGAGCUCUUGCUAGGAGGAAAUGACGUACUUCCUCUGAUCAACAUCGAGAAUCAAGACGACAACGGUGACAACGACGACAACGACGACUGGCCAAAAGCUGCCAAGAGUGGUCCUCCCUGGGAGGCAGAACUAUUCACGUCCAACGAUGAAUUGAUCAUUCCUCCAUCUAACCCCGAUCAUGUUCCAGCAUGGAAGAGGUGCCUGUUGCUCAACUACUCAGAUAACAUCGCUAAUGAAAUAAUCGCCGUGGAUGGCCCUCACAAUGGAUGGCGCCACCUCAUGCUACCAAUAGCAGAGACCGACGAACUUGUCAUGGACGCAGUCCUUGCAGUCUCACUCUUUCAUAGCUCCCGAAUUCUACAAAACGACCGCGCCAUCGACCAAGUCAAGCACGACCACUAUGGCCGAGCCAUUCAAGGGCUGCAAAGGCGCAGUCAGCUGAGAGACUGCGAUCGACCAAACCAGCAGUCUAUUCUUAUCACGAUAUUGUUGCUUCUGACUGCUGUUAUGGUUAAUGGAUCAUCCGACUUUCCAAUCCUCUUUGGCAUGCUGCAGUCUGCAAUCGAUGUCCUCGGUGGAGAGGCGGAACUUGGGUCGGGGGACAUUGCCGAGUUCGUAGUCCGCCAGGUUCGCAAGUUUAAAGUAUAUGCGGCACCGCUGCUUAGUGAAGACGCUGGUAUCAACAUCAUUUCCUCCGAAACCGAGAUUACCCCGAUGUUCGACUGCCUGAAUCAUUGUCUGCAAAACAACCCACGACAUGCCGGCUCUCUCGCCCUCGUACCCAACCUGGUACAUCAAGCAUGCGAGAUAUACAUGAAUCAAGCUGUGCUUGACACUCAAACUCGAGCGACACCACAGAUAAGGGCGAGGCAUGUGAUAGAGUCUAUUGGCCGCGUGCAGCGCUUUAUUGAUACCUUGGAGGAAUUCCCUGAUGAUGCUCCGGGCAAGCAAGUCCUUACGUGGGCUUGCUUUGUCGCAGCCUCUGAUUGUCGGCUUGCAGAGCACAAGGAGUUCUUUUCCAACUUCUUCUUGAACAGAUAUGCGAGAAGUGGAUUUAUGAAUUUGACCAUGGGGCUGGAUGCUUUGGGGAAGAUAUGGACGCGAAAGCCUGAUGAGCGAUGGACUGUGCUACUGCCUCAUUCAAAGCUCUUCAUGAUGUGA